AUGACGGACAUUAAUCCUAACAAUGGCCCCGCCACAAAAAUAGGAGCUGGUAUAAAGUACGUUAGACAAAACAGUUUUACAUCAGCUAAAGGUGGAGUCAGAGCAGACGCAAGGAAAAUUGUGAUUGUCAUAACAGAUGGUCAAAACACGAGCCCACCGAAUCCUCAAACCGAGGCUGCGCUACUCAAAGCCUUGCCACCGAAUGGUGUAACAGUUAUUGCCAUUGGUGUGGGGUCUGGUGUUAACAACGAUCAGUUGAAAUCCAUUGCUACACAGGAUAGCUAUGUUUUUACCACAAAUAAUUUCCAGGAGCUGUCCAAUAUACUUGAUGCUGUAGUAGCUGUAUCAUGUGGAGCUUGUUCCAUCCAAACAUCAAAUCCCGGACAACCAGGACCACAAGGACCAAAAGGUGAACGAGGAGAAAACGGCUAUCCGGGAGCUCAAGGAGCACCAGGUAAUAAAGGCAUGAAAGGUGACACAGGAGAUCAAGGCAUGCAAGGAAACAAAGGAAUGCCGGGAGAUCCUGGUAGAGAUGGUACACCUGGAGGACCAGGCCAACGAGGUCAGCCUGGACCAAGAGGUGAAACUGGUAGUAAAGGAAUUAGAGGCACAGAUGGAACACCAGGAACUGCAGGACGAGACGGUAAUCCAGGACCUCAAGGUAUUCCAGGCGAUCCAGGUAUGACGGGAGGGAAAGGUCCAACGGGUAACAGAGGUGACCCAGGAAAACAGGGUCCAGUAGGAAACCAAGGUCCAGAUGGUAAAAAAGGAGAAAAGGGAGGACAAGGAAAUGCAGGUCCCACGGGUAAGCCCGGUAACAAGGGAGAAACUGGUGAUAAAGGCGAAACUGGAAGUAAAGGGGAAGCUGGGGACAAAGGAGCAGAUGGGGCUACUGGAGAGGAUGGCGCAAAAGGAGAAAAGGGAGAUAAAGGAGAUGUCGGGGAACAAGGACAAAACGGGGGAGCAGGCGACCAAGGAGAACAAGGAAAAACUGGAGAAAAGGGCGAAAAGGGAGAAACAGGAGACGAAGGCGCAGAUGGACAAAAAGGCGAAACCGGUGAUCCUGGAGAAAAGGGUUCAAACGGCGCAAAAGGUGAACAAGGAGACAAAGGUUCUGCCGGGAAGCCAGGCGAAAAAGGUAUGCCAGGUGAAAUAGGUGAAAAAGGCGACAAAGGCGACACAGGCGAUCAAGGACAAAAAGGAAUGGUUGGGAAUAAUGGCAAGAAAGGUGCAAUUGGCGAUCCUGGUGAACAAGGUCAAAAAGGAGGACAAGGAAUAGAUGGUAAUAAAGGAGCACAGGGAGAUAAAGGUGACACUGGAAUGAAAGGGGAAACAGGAAACAAAGGAGAUGUUGGAGAUGCCGGAGCACCAGGCUUGCCAGGUGAUAAAGGUCAAAAAGGAAGCAAAGGAGACCAAGGAGACCAAGGUAAACAAGGCGAAAUAGGUUCAACAGGAGACCCAGGUGAACGAGGACUCAAAGGACCAACUGGAGACAAAGGUGAGAAAGGAGAUAAAGGAGACCAAGGAGAUAUAGGUCCAGCGGGUGAAAAAGGUGUAAAGGGUGAUGAUGGUAACAAAGGAGCAGAUGGGAUGCCUGGAGCCGAUGGGAAACAAGGAUCUCAAGGAGAGAAAGGAUUACAUGGCGAUAAAGGAAUGACAGGUGACAAAGGUCGCCCUGGUGACGAUGGUAAAACAGGAGAACAGGGACCAGUAGGACCAAAGGGAAUGACAGGAGAUACAGGACCACAAGGACCAAUAGGUAACCCUGGAACGAAAGGCGACCAAGGCGAAAAAGGCGACAAAGGUGAAAAGGGCGACAAAGGUGAUAAAGGAGACGAUGGAAAGAAAGGUGGGUAA